AUGUACGCUAUCAUGGGGCUCUCUGUGCUCCUCGCCCUCGCCACGCCCUUUGUUCGCGCUGCUCUUUUCAUUAAUAAGAAGACGUACAUGGGUCCCGACUUCUUCCAAGACUUUACUUGGCAAACAGCUGACGAUCCAACUCAUGGCCGGGUGAACUUCGUCGACUUGCAAACCGCCUUGGUGAAAAAUCUCACCGCCGCAUCUCCUAAUAAAUUUGUCAUGCGCGUUGACUCGACAACCGUUGUGUCAAACGACGCGCGGGGUCGGGAUAGCAUUAGGAUAAUAUCCAAUGAUGCAUACGAUGAUGCGAUAAUCCUGAUAGACCUGUCCCACAUGCCUUUUGGUGCCGCGACAUGGCCCGCUUUUUGGACGCUCAGCGGGGAGGGUCCCUGGCCAAAUGGCGCAGAGAUAGAUAUCAUAGAAGGCGUAAACUACGAUACUCAGAAUUUGGCAUCUCUCCAUACGACAUCCAGUUGCUCCAUGGCUGAACAGCGACCUCAGUCUGGAUUCACAGUCUCAACAAAUUGUGAUGCCGCAGUGAACUGGAAUCAAGGUUGUGGUACUCGUUUCGCCAAAGCUAAUUCCUACGGCGCUGGGUUUAACUCUGCCGGCGGUGGGUGGUUUGCGAUGGAACGGUCCCGCGAAGAUGGAGUAAAAGUAUGGUUCUGGUCAAGGCUUGAGGACGAUGUACCUAGGAACAUCCGAGACGCAGAUGCCCUGCUUGAUCCCUCUUCAUUCGGCAUGCCUAGCGCCACAUUUCCAAAAGACACUUGCGACUACGACACCCAUUUUAACGCACAUAAAAUGAUUUUUGACACGACGCUUUGUGGGGAUUGGGCCGGAAGUGAAUUCAACUCAACCGGGAUUCUUGGUGGCUGUGACAAAUACGUCGAUAAUACCCCCGACGCAUUCCGGGAGGCUUACUGGGAAGUAAAUUCCCUGCAUGUCUAUUCACCUCUCCCCGACAAUUUCUCGGGCAUUGUUUUCCCUGAAAAUAUACUGUAG